AUGAACGACUUUAAUGACAUUCUUGCUAAUAUAAGCCGAACGCUUAUAUUUCCUUCAUUAUUAUCAAUUGAAGAAAUUAUCCUUUUCCUUAAUUCCAAAAAACCUCGAAGUCACAAAAAUUGUCACGGAUACAUGUUACUCAAAAUUUCGAUCGUGAAAGAAUGUCGAAGAUUGGGAACGAACGAUAAAAAGAUAAUCGCAAGUGCAACAAAUUACUUUUGGAAAAAAUUCAACAAGGCAAGAAAGAUUUGGAUAUGUGGAUUUAGCUCGAAGGGAGAAUUAUAUAUGAUUAUAGUAACUGUUAUGCCUACAAGAUAUUUGGAUAUGUCGUUGCAAAUGAAGGUAGGAGAAUAG